CGAGUGGCGCAUCUGCUGUUGCUGCAACUAUGGCACACCAGGGGCCAUGGCUCAUUCAACUCGAUGGUCUCGCUGAAGAACUCGAGUCGCACCAGAUCAUCCAGGCCGAAGAAGAGGAGAGAGCGGACAAGGAGUUCUACAAGAUCCUGCGCGAUGCGUGCGACGUCGUGCGCGACGCGGAGAAAAACGCGUCCCCAGAGUUGCCUGCGAUCGUUGAGAAGGCGCAUGCACUGCUCAACAGCGCCCUUGACUGGGCGAUUGGGGACGAUCACUACGAGUAUAUUCCGUGCUUCUCCACAUCGAAGGAUGCACCUGAAGUCGAAGACAGCUUGGAGAUGUGUGGGUCCGACAUCACCGAGGCGUUCAUGCAAUUUUACACGCAGUAUCUCUUUCCAGGAGCGCCGCGACCGAAGCUUCCUAAGUUCGCCCGGACGCCCGCAUGGGCCAAGUCUCCCCGCCCACAUCCGCGCUCGACUCGUCUCGCGCGUUUCCGCGAGGGAGUCGCCUGUUCUGCAUCCGAUGACACUCCGUUGGCACAGAUCAUCUACCAAGCCCGGGCGGAGGGAAGUAUAGACUUCGCGAGUGCCCCCAACGCGAUGGAUCUGUCUUCCGGAGGUACCAUCCUCGCAAUGGCCGGUUCAGGAGGCUGGAAGGGCCGCGAUCCAAGGCUGCACUACUACUUCCUGGAGGACCAAGACGAGGACUGCAUGGAGGGCAAGGACAUGGACCCCGGGCUCUCCAAUGUCGCGCGCUACGUCGUGACUGACGAGGACCGCAAGCUUGUCUUCCUCGCCGACGACGAUCGCAUCAAGUCGUUCUCGUGGGCGCCCUCCCAUGAUGGCACGGUCCGCUCGCGCCUCCCAAACGUGCACACCAUGAACUCGCUGCGCGACUUUUCUGGGCCGAUCUCGCUCCUUCCCAACGGGCGCAUCGUGCGUCUGGGCAAGGGCCAGGCAGCGAUCUGGACGCUCGACGAGCUCGAGAAGCACCAGGAUAACCCGGGGAAGCUCAUAGGCGAGGGCAAGCUGAACACCGACAACAGCUGGCGCGAGUCGGGCUCGAAGCGCAUCGAGAUGUCGAGCGGGACGCGCCCGCACUCAAUCGUCGCCUUUGCGGACGACCCGACGUACGCACCUACAACGCUGCACGUACACGCCCCAAGUGGACACCUGCUGUGCGGAGAGAAGCGCGGCUCCGCCGAGCACAGCUUCGGGUGCGUGUCGAUCGACCUAGAGCAUGAAGGGCGUCGCGUCACGCGCUACCUGGGGCACGGGAGCGACAUAGAGCGUAUCACGGCCAGCGCGGGGGACCCGAAUGUGUUCAUCACCGCCGGGAGCGACGGGUUUGCGCGGAUCUUCGACCUGCGCCGGCCGAUGCCCGUGCUCUCGUUCAACACCGGCACACAGAGCGAGGCGUGCGUCGACGUCGUCUUCGUGCACCCAGACGGGAUUCCCACGCUUUUCACUGGCGGCGAGCGCACGGAGCAGGUCAAGGUGUGGGACGUGCGCGCGAGGUCCGUUGUAUACGAGCUCUCGACGGGAAACAACGCGGUCUCGGCGAUGGCGUGGGACUCGCACCGCUCGGCAUUACAUGUCGCGACUGAAUGCACGCGCAUGAAUCGGAUGGGUGAACGUAGCGGGUAUCGCAAGGCAAGGGUUCCGCGCUGGGCGACGUGGAAUGCGAUCGAGCAGGAGGUUGAGGCGCUGAAGGCCGGUACGGGAGCCAGCGGUGUACUCAGCGACACAGAGGCUGUAGAUGUUCCCGAAGCGGCAGAGGACGCCGAAGUAGCAAAGCAGGACGUGGCAACGGAGGAGGUCGCCGAAGCACGAUCGACCCAGGAGAAAGCGAUGGACGUCGUUCAAGAUACCCCCGAAGCUCAGGUCACAACUGCAAACGCUACUGUUGAGGUCAUCCGCGAGGACGAAUUGUCGGACGCGGAAGAAGAUGAAGACUACGAUGAAGACGAGGAGGACCUGGAUGAGGGUGAAAUGGAUGACGAAGACGAAGAAGAGGAUGAAGACGAAGACGGAAUGGAUGACGAGGACGGCGGCGAGGAUCAAGACGAAGAAGAAGAGAGUGCGGAGGAGGAACCGGACGACAUUGAUGAAGAGUACUCCGCCGGAAAGCGCUGGCCCUCGAGUUGUUACCACAAGGAGAACUUCUUUGGCUACGCGUUCGACGCAGGAGAGGAUAUGCUGAUUCGCUGGCAGUACAAGGCAGAGCCGAACAUGUUGUUUGUACCGCCAACUUCGGACUUCGACUUUUGAGCCGAUGCACGCGGUGCUGCUUUGAGGCCACUGGGUACUUUCCCUUUGUUCACCCAUCUAGAGUACGCUUUUUAGUUAUCUAGACAAUCUAUGUGCCGCAGGAGUAUGCUUGGCUAGUAUAACCUACCUCAUGCAACAGUUAUAUAUGGGUCCUGUUGUAGUCCUUGAAUGCUACUUGCAGAUCCC